AUGGAGGCGCAACCGCAACCCUCGCGCUGGAGCAAGGAGCGGUACACAAACUUGCUCAUACCCAACUAUAUUCCCCCUGAGUUACUGCUUUACGAUGAGGGACAGUUCCUCAAGGCGUUUCUUCUUCGCGUGCUCUCGAUUGACCUCAACCGCUUUCUUGAGACGAAGCAGUGCGAAGACUACUUUAUAAAUAUCCCGGUGGAGCCUGAAUACAACAGCGACGGUCAGCGCACCAAUACGCCAAAUGAGAUUGUGGCGGAAAAGCGGCGAAAGACGAUGGAUGAGCUGACAAAUAUUCUUCGACAACACGCCGAGAUGGGGCCACACCCGACGGCGCCAAAGGAGAUUGUGCGGAAGCGCUACUUUUCACAGGAAGAGAUGGACAGUGGCGCCUACGGUGCCAUUUUGGGUGCCCGUGGUUUGGUGCACCAAGAGCUGGAGCAAAAGACAAAGUGCAAGAUUGUGCUUGCUGGGCGUGGCAUUACUAAUACAUUAAAGGAUACCAGCACCAACGCCGCACGCAUCGCACUUGAGGAACCGCAUGCUUGUAUUACGGCUCCCAAUGAACAGGCCUUACAGCACGCGAUGGAGCACAUUGAGUGGAUUUUGUCUGAUGAUCCCGAGGCGCAGGAGUUCCGCGAGAACAAUAGGAAGCGUAUGGCGCAGAUAGAGGGUCGGUAUGAUCCACGUACAUGGGUCUCCUCCAUUGAGAAGAAUAAUGAUGGAGCUCCGAAAGCUGGCGAGAAGCGGGAGCGUGAGGAACAACUGGACGAGGAUGUGCAGGCCUUCUUGGAUGAACUUUAA